GGUGGCCACGUCAAUCUUGAUGAUGGUGUUAUUGUUAGGAUAUGAAACUUUAGGAUGUAUUAUUAUCCAUUUACUCAAAUCCACACUUCUAAAAUUUUCGUAACUCUUUGGAUUAAAAAGUAAGGAUUACAUUUUUUCAUUUGCAGCUUGAGUAAAGGCAAAGUAAGGUAGCAUCGAAAGUAAAUAAACUUAAGUCAUGGAUUUCAAUAAUUUCAUAUUAUCGAUAAUAAUAAAUAUAAUAAAUUGUUAUUAAAUGUUUGUUAUGAUUGUCAUUAUGAUUUUUAUUAUGCAUGUCAUUGUAAUUAUUGUUAGUUAAAAACUUUAAAAAAUUUAUUAAUGCAGUUCUAGUAGAGCAGAUCAGUACCCGGAAACCUUUUUUUUUCAAUCACGACACACUUAGACCAUGCCCAGAUGACAGAUGCCACAGAACACCAGACAUUUUUGAGUUCAGAUCAGAUGAGUAGGUAGUGUAGGCCUACAAAACAAUGUUAACAAAGAGUAAGAGACAAAUAAAAUAAAUGUCAACUAUCAAAAGCAGUCAAGAACACGAUCAAAUCAUUUUUGAUAGGGCGAAUUGAAUGGAAACAAAAAUAGUAAUGUUCCACAAAUUCAAAUACUCUAGCCUCAUUUAUCAUUAACUUUGACAGCCAUUUUAACUGCCCAUGCCCAAAUCAAUAAUAUUUUUUUAGUUUUUAUUCAAAAUUGAUAUGGCGAUAGUGAAUUAUUGUAAUUUUACUUUAAAUUUAGUGAAUUUGAAACAACUUGCCAAAUUUCACUUACUCUGUGAUUAUGCGUACAAAUUUAACUGUAAAUUUGGGGCUUUUCCUCCUCUCCUGGCAUUUUGCACAUCCAGCAUCGCCUUCCAGCACACCAUUUCCUGAGUUUUGCAGUAAAGUAGAUCAAGGCCUAAAUCCUAAAUUCACUUAAGUAAAUAAUAUAGGUUUUAUAAGGGCCUAUGUUUUAAAAUUGAAUAAUUUAAUGCAAAUAUUUUUCAAGAAUCAAGUCUAGAUCCAAUUUUAGAAAAUUAUUAAAAUCAUUUCAGUCAUGAUUUAAAAAUCUAAGUUCUAACUCAAACUACUUUUUUAAGCCCAAGUACUAAGUAGUAUUAGUACUUUCAACCUUAGUAAUAGAUGAGAAGAACAAUAGUUAAAAAGAAGGCCAAUUUAUUAGGCACCUAGGCAUCCUAGGCUAAAUAAUUAGUCCUUCACUACACUCCAUAUUAAAUUUCAAAACAGUAGGCUAUACUAGCAUCUAAAUGUGGCAUAUGCUAUGCCUCUUUGGCUAUUGACUUAAUUGACUUAUCAUUGAAAGAAAAUUGGUCAGUACUCAAAUCUUUGGAACUGUAAUCUAAUUAAUAUCAUACUAAAAACGUUAAUAUUAUUAAAACCAUUUUGAAUAGCUUGAUAUUUUUAUCUCAUCUGGUAAACAUUUUCUCAUAUCCAUAAGCCGAUAAUCCAUUGUUUAAAAAGAGAGGAAAAAGUUAAUCCUGAAGUGGGAGAGUAGACCGAUAAGUUUGUGCUAUAGAUAUCCAUUUCCUUUUUCUUCAGUUCACUGGUUACACAGAUUUUCCAAAUCAAUAUACUCAGCAUUCCUUGCUUGGCAAAAUAUACUGAUGAUUUUAUUUUAUGUGUCCAUCCAUAAAUAACUUCAUUCUAUUUCAAACGCUUUUUUAACCUCUGUUCCCCAAUUGUCACAAACUUGCCAUUAAAGUUAGACACCAAGGUUUAAGUAUUGUCACUGAUUCUUGGACCCCCCCUCCCUCCUCUUUUCCCAUCAUCUAUUGGAUGGAUUUAUGGAUGGCCACUAACACUUGUCGGGAUGAUUUAGGCAAAAUAAACUAGAUCUCAGUGAAAGUGCAUAGUUAUUAAAAAGCUAUGGCAUAGUCUUAGAUACUGCAUACAGUAUUUUCGGGCAUAUAAGAUGUACCUGUAUAUAGAGACUGACGGAAAGUGAUUUUCUGAUUUCGUCCGAAGCCGAAAAUAGGCCGAAAGUUAAAAAUGACUUUAACAGAAAAUGAAAUAUUUAGAUAUUUUGAAUUUCGUUCUCGCAUACAUUCUGCAUACAUCGAAAAUGAUGGGGGAAAGUAUCAAUAUUUACAUUCUUUUUAUAAAAAUGAGAUAAUCGUGAAUAUUAAUAAAUAAACAUCUUAUAUAGCAGGGAUCUCAAACUCGUGGCCCGCGAGCCAUUUGUGACCCGCAAGACGAUAUUUUGCGGCCCGCUACAUGACGGAAAAGUUUAGUGAUAAUGCGCCGGCGCGUUUCCCCCAUUCUCAUAUUUAUAAUGUGACUCUCCGCAACGGUUUCAAUUGAAUCUCACCGACUAGUCUAAUUCUGAUAUUUUUUAAAAAUAUUUCUAUAUAUUUUUGUAUGAUAAUUAUAAUGGUAAGAACCGUUUUAAAAUCGGAAUAAAAAUUUUUAUUUGAUAGAUUUUUAUGAGACAAACAUGGCAAAGAGUGCGGCUUUGAGAAAAGUUUUUAAAAGUAAGUUGGCGGGUAACGCACAACCAUAAUUGUGUAAAUUGUAGCAACCAUUGGCGAAAAUUAUUUUUUUUAACCGGGUCUCUUAAAAUUGCUGUUCUGAUCAUGGUUCCAAAAGUUCGCUUAAUUUGUUCUUAAAGAUCACUUUAUUUGAUUUUAAAGAUCAUUUAGUUUGUUAUUACAGAUCGUUUAGUUUGUUAAUAAAGAUCGUUUGUUUGUUGUUAAUGAUCGUUUAGUUUGUUCUUCAAGAUCAUUGAGUUAGUUCAUAAAGAUCGCUUAAUUUGUUCUAAAAGAUCACUUAGUUAAAUCUUAAAUAUGGCUUAAUUCGUUCUUAAAGAUCGCUUAGUUUGUUGUUAAAGAUCUUUUAGUUCUUAAAGAUCGCUUAGUUUUUUUGUUAAUGAUUCCUUUAUUUGUUUUUAAAGAUCGGUUAGUUUGUUCAUAAAGAUUGCCUGGUUUGUUGUUAAAGAUCGUUCAGUUUGUUGUUAAAGAUUGUUUAGUUUGUUCUUAAAGAUCGCUUAGUUUGUUGUUACAGAUCGUUCAGUUUUUUGUUUAUGAUCGCUUUAUUUGUUCUUAAAGAUCGGUUAGUUUGUUCAUAAAGAUCGCUUAGUUUGUUGUUAAAAAUCGUUUAGUCUGUUUUUAAAGAUCGCUUAGUUUGUUCUUAAAGAUCGCUUAGUUUGUGUUAUUAAAAGAUCGUUUAGUUUGUUCUUGAAGAUCAUUUAGUUUUUUCAAAAAAAGAUCGCUUAGUUUUUUCUUAAAGAUCGCUUAGUUUGUGUUAUUAAAAGAUCGUUUAGUUUGUUCUUGAAGAUUGCUUAGUUUGUUCUUAGAGAUCAUUGAUUUUUUCUUAAAUAUCGCUUAAUUGUUCUUAAAGAUCAUUCAGUUUGUUAUUAAAGAUCAUUUAGUUUGUUAUUAAAGAUCAUUUAGUUUGUUUUUAUAGAUCUUUUAGUUUGUUCUUGAAGAUAGCUUAAUUUGUUGUUGAAGAUCGCUUAGUUUUUUCAUAAAGAUCGCUUAGUUUUUUCAUAAAGAUUGCAUAGUUUGUUCUUAAAGAUAAUUGAUUUUGUUCCUUAAGAUCAAUUAGUUUGUUCUUAAGGAACAUUUAGUUUUCUGUUAAAGAUCGGUUAGUUUAUUCUUAUAAAUCAUUUUGUUUACUAUUAAAAAUCAUUUGUUUUGUUCUUAAAGACCAUUUAGUUUGUUCUUAAAAAUCGUUUAGUUUGUUCUUUAAGAUCGUUUAGUUUGUUAUUAAAUAUCACUUAGUUUGUUGUUAAAUAUUGCAGGAUGGCCGAAAGUCUAAGUCAAUUUUGAAAAUAAGCCGAAAGUUAACUUCUCUUUCGGCCGAAACCGAAAUUAAGCCGAAGCCAAAAUUCGGUCAGUCUCUACCUGUAUGUAAGACGUACCCGUAUAUAAGACGCAGGUUUUGACCAUUUGUGUAAAAUAUAUUUUACAUAUGACGCACCAAUAUAUAAGACGCAGGUUUUGAUUAUUUGUGUAAAAAAAAAUUAUUUAAGAUGCACGCGGCCUAGCCAUCUGUAGCACUGUUUCCUUUCCUUUAUCAUAAAUGAAAAUUUUUCCAAUGUUUCAUCACCCAUGGGAUGUAAACAAGGCUUGAUUGCCAUUUUUAGUUUACCGGUAGAUCAAAGAAUUUUUAUGAGGCAGGAUCACAAAGAUUAUUAUUUAUUCUUAUCUGCCGCCGGGCCUAUAGCGGAUUAGUUGAGUACCUGGUAUCUAAAUCCUAGAAACAAUAGACGCCAAAUGUAAAUGCAGCUUCAUUGAUAUCAAAAUAUUGAAUGAAAGGAUUUUAAAUUUGAAGAGGCCUUCAUUGGAUUGGUACACGUGGUAAUUACUGAACACUUACCCAAUUGCUUUUACAACUAGGAAUGAAAAUCGUGAACCCGGAUAAUGACUGAAUUAAUCGUCCUUCAAUAUCACACACUGUCCUGUUAGUUCGUGAUAAAAAAUACUUAACUAUUUUCGCACAUAUAAGACACACCUAAUUAUAAGACGCGCCCAUAUAUAGACGCUGGUUUUGACAAUUUGUGUAAAAAAUAUCUUACAUAAGACGCACCCCUAGAUAAGAUGCACCCUGGGUGUGGUGUAUGUAAAGUAAAACUUGUAUAAGACACAUCUAAUAAACGCGAAAAUACAGUAUUCAAAUUUUUAUCUUUCAUAAGAGUGGUCAAAGGGUCCUUAUAAGCCCCCCUUAGUGCAGCUAUUCAUUCAGACUUGUGCUCAUAUAUUUAAAAAACAAAAUACUUUUAAAAUUUAGCAUUUCCACUUCAGCAGCUCUUUGGGAGCUAUAAAUUAUUUGCUUCUUGUGAUUUAUAGAAGUCAUUUGACUUAUCACCUAAAAUCUAUUUUUUUCCUUAUAAGCCCCCCCUUAGUGCAGCUAUUCAUUCAGACUUGUGCUCAUAUAUUUAAAAAACAAAAUACUUUUAAAAUUUAGCAUUUCCACUUCAGCAGCUCUUUGGGAGAUAUAAAUUAUUUACUUCUUGUGAUUUACAAAAGUCAUUUGACUUAUCACCUAAAAUCUAUUUUUUUCUAUUUGAUAAAUAUUUCAGUAAAUAUCUGUUUGAAACCUUAAAGAAGAAAAUAUAAAACAAGUCAACAAUGAGCAACAUUUAUAGACAUGGUCUCCUUUAAAAAAAGUUUUAAAGGUAAUUUAGUAAUUAAAACUAAUUGCUUUAAGGAUUGGUGGGGUUUAUUGAAAAGAAAUAAUUAUUAAAAAUGAAAAAUAAAAAAUAUUCUUUUGAGGAUUACCGAGGUUUAUUAUUUUUAUUUAUAAUUUUUUUUAAUAAAGAUGAAUCUACUUCUCCGAGUGAUUGACAUUUUGGUGCAGCGGAAACGGGGCAAAAAUUACAAUCUGGCCAUACAAGAAAGCUCACUGACUUAGCCUGAUGGAAAUUAUUCUCAAUAAUCACCCUAUAACUGUCAUAACAGCAGAUGAAGAUCAUCUGCCUGUCAUAACAGCAGAUGAAGAUCAUCUGCCUGUUAUAACCGCAGAUCAAGAUCAUCUUCCUGUCAUAACAGCAGAUCAAGAUCAUCUGCCUGUCAUAACAGCAGAUCAAGAUCAUCUGCCGUGAUACCCCUUUCUGUGGUGUCAUGGCCGAUAUAAACAGCUGCUAUCAAAAUCGUCAUUAAAAAUGCAAAUGAUUCAUGUAUAUUGUUUAAGGGGAAAACCACUCUGCAUAAAUGAUUUUGUUUCCUAUUUCCAUGACUGACUGCAUGUUAAAAUGCUUGUAUCAGUGGUUUGUUUUGGGAUUUUUGAGAUGUGAAACAUUUUUUUACUACCACUGUGUCUGUGUAGCCUGCAUUGGAUUAAAAAAUCAACACAGAAUUUCUUUAUUGGAAUUAUUUCAAAUGGUUUAAAGUGAAGGGCAAUCAUUGCAGAGAUAUUCCAUGUGCUAGUAGUAGUGACAGUAUUAGCUCUAGCGAUGAUGGCUAGAAAUUGACAAUUUUAGCACUAAGCUUAGUCAUAUUGUUAGAGAGAAAUACGUUUGGAAAAGGGUGGAAAUUAAACAGAAAAAGACGAAGAUUGGAUCACAAAAACCCAGACCAAAGGCAUUAGUUUGUAUAUGUUUUGAAGCAUUAAUUAAUUAAAAAAAGGGAUUUAAUAACUUCAAUUGAAAGUGAUUUUUGAACUCAUUUUGUGCCUUCCCCCUUGAAUUUUGUAUGACAGAAAUAAAUAAAUUCACCAACAUCACAAUUUUCAAUAUAAGUAACUAUAACUUGACAUUUUAUGAAAUAAUAAUGCUUCUAGAAUCUUAAAUGACAGUUUGAACAAUUUAUGCUGUAUUCAGGGGGGGGCGGCGGUGUGUGUUAAAUUCAGAAGUAGAGUACUAAAAUUUUACUAAUUCUUUAAAGGUCAUGGUCGAUAUCAACUUACAUAAUAUAGAACCAAAUUAUUUUUAUACCAUAAGAUACCUUGUGUAAUGUACUGUCAGAAAAUGUAUAGGGCCUACUUAUAAGGGUCUCUGAAUUCAUUUAGUCUGGGAUUUCGUCACUUUUGACAAGCACAUGAAAAUGCUGAAAAAUGACUUGACGCUAUAAAAAAAUGUUCUUGACAUUCAAAGUGCUAAAGUAUCAAAACUGCUAAUCUCAUUUGCAUUUUCACCAUUUCAUUCCUUUGAGUUCAAAUUUUUUAUCUGAUUUUGCAGGUGGCAGCUUUAGACUGGCUAAACUCUAAUAUGUAUCAGUGUUUAGACUCUAAGCUCAGCACAUUGGUCAGGGAGUUCAACUGUGAAGACAACAGUUGAAAUAGUCUUCCUGAAUGACUCUUAGUUUCCUGCUAUUGCCGCUGUUGAUUUAUCACGGGGUGGCACCAUUGAAAACGGAGCUAUUCCUUGUUUACUUGAAUCUUUAAAGAAAUCUCAUGGGACAAGUAAUUCGAAGGUAAAUGUCUUUAAAUUAAAUUUAACUCUUAAAUUUUUAUUUUUAUUUAAAUAUAUUUUUGUGUGUGUGUGGUAGGGGUUGGUGAUGUAACUUUUUUUUCCAUUAGGAUAUUGUGUCUCAGCUUUUUUUAAAUAAUUGAAUUCAAAUAACAAGUAAUGCACCCCAUUUAUCCUGAUUCAGAAAUUGCAAUGAACUUUGUAAUGCUGAUAAAUACUUUUUUAAAUGUGUGUAUUUCUUAGGCAGGAAUUUGACUAAAUUCAUUUCAGGCUGCAAGAGGUUGGGAUAAGACCACAAGAUUUUCUUGGUUUACCUCUCACAGAUUUUCCAAGGUGGGAUGUGCAGGAAAUAUCAUCAUCAAGGGAGGUCAAUGCAAAUACCCGCUUCCCAGACCUGACAGAGUUGCCACCUGAAAUAGGUAUGGCUCUCAUCUGAUUUUAAUCCUAUGUUAAAAAGUCGGCUGAGGGAUACCACCCUAGACGCUGUAAUUUUUCAAUAAAUGUCAUGUUAUAUGAUUUGAUUAGUAAGUCACACUCAUGAUUGUUUAAAAAUGAACAAUUUCUAAAUUUACUGUUUUGUUUUAGGGUUGUAGAGUGACAGAUUUAUUUAAAAUUUUAGAUGAUGAUUACAGAAAAUAUAUUGUUAUGGAGCCAAUUUAUUUAUGCAAUAACUUGUCUUUUAUCUGAAAAUUUUGUGAUAAAUAUACCAACCAAUGAUAAAUACUCGACACUCUUUGAAGCAUUUGUUAAGGCAAGUGUUUUUUUCCAGCCCUUCUGUGGUUCAUAAUUGGGAUAAAUGCAAAGCUCAACUUGUUCAUAGGGGGGGGGGGGGUUAACUGGUGGGUACCAGUCAAGGGUGGUUACUUUUACCCAGUUGUACCCCAUGAGAAUUUUUGACACCCUAAAUGUGCAAGGAGAACAGUGAGGGAAACCUGCCCUCUUGUGAGUAAGAGGAGAGGCUAGUUGUAAGGCAGCAAGUUUUUGUGGGAGAGUGAAAAGGCUAGCAGCUUUGUCCUCUAUUUAUUUGUUGAAUAAGAGAUAAAUAUAAUCACAUUCAUUCUUUUAUAUAGCAUUGUUCAACAAUAACUAUAAAAAGUAUAUGUUGGGAUUUUUAGGCCUGGAAGUCCUGUCACACCUGGAUGCAACAGAUCUUUGCCUGGCCUCUUGCGUAUGGUCGCACCUCGCUAAUGAUGAACUUCUAUGGCAAAGGUGGGACUCUCCUGUACUUUUAAUGUUAUUAACAUUUUGAAUAUUAUUAACAUUUUGUUGUGCAAAAAUCAUUCUUUGUGAUAAGUCUUAUGUGAAAAGAUAAGUCUCAAUGCAAGUAAAAAUGAAAUCCCAAUGAACAGACUAUUGGUUAUGAUGAAAUGGUAUGGUGCUAAAAUGAUUUGCAUUGAUUUGCUCACACAACAGCCUGUGUCGAAGUUGUUGGGGGAGUGUCAGUAUUUACAACAAGGGAAGACCUGGCAGUUUCUCAUACAAGCAGCUUUUUAUGUUUCUGGAUGAGGCCUGCCUGACCUUCAACUCGGAUCCUUUUUCAGUUAGUAAAAGCAAAGCCAUUUUAAUUUUUUUUUUAUUUCUAUGUCAUUGUAAGAUUUGUGGUCAUUCAAUUGAUAGAUGUGCAACCCAUACUCACCAAUUGCUGUAAUAUGGGAAUGUCUCAAAUCAAAUGUUUACGCAGGUUGAAGCACACUUUUUUUUUUUAUCACAGGCGGUUGUACGCAAGUAAAAAUUCCUUGUAAAUAAGUUAACUCAGUUAUAUUUAAACUAUUGUGCAUGACCUCUGACACAUUAACUAUUCACUUUAACACCCCCCCCCCACCCCCCAAUAGGAUCAUUAAGAUUAAUAGAAGACAAAAUACGCAAUAGUAUCAUCACAUUCAUUUAAAUUCAGUAGCUCUGAAGCAACUGUCAUUAGUCGAGGGAGUUGGAGUAUUUUAAAAAUGGCUUAGUAAAUGCUAAGCUAAGUAAGAUGGCUUAUGCCUUUACAAUUUAGUCCAAAGAUGCACCAUGUAUAGUUAACUAUAAAAUCUAAUUUUCCUUGGCAAAAAUUUAAAGGUUAAAAAUGAAUUGUUUUUAAUGAGAAUAACUGCUAAGAUAUUAACACAUUAACAUGUUACACCAGUCAUAUCUGUUUGUGUGUUUUAAAAACUCAUUAGAUCCAUGCUGAUGGGUGUAAACAACCUUACAUCUUCAUGAAAGUAUUAUGAGAUUAAUAUGUAAUUAUUAUUACAUCACACUGCCGUUCCUGGACAAUGCACUCAUUUCUAUACAAUCCAAUUUCAGGGCAUCAAUUAUUUAACAUCAAAAGGUAUACUAGAAGAUAAACCAUUGGAAAUAGCCAAAUUUCUCCACUCAACAAAGCGUCUGUGGCCCAGAAAGAAACUUGAAUUUGUCCAACAGAGGUAUUGCUGGGCUUUUUUAGUCUACGAACCUAUGGGUUUAUGGUCUGGAAAUAGAAUAACAGUAUGUGUACAAAAUUAGACACUGACAGAAAGGUCAGUAAAUGUGCAAAAUUUAGUUUUUGUACCGGGUAUUAAGAGUAUUAUUGCACUCUUACUUGUGUCCGGAGAGGUGGAAAUGUCUUUUGCAAUCAUUUAAAUACAUCAAGUGUGUAUGUUAAUUAAAGACACCUCUAGUCGCUUAUAAGAAAUAUACUCGUGAAGAAAGCUUUGCAAGAUAAUUUAGAUAUUUCACUCAACGUCACAACGUUUUGAUAAAGGAUAACCAUUGAGAGAAAAUUUCACUUAUCUCUUUUUUUUAAUUCAAAACUCCAAAGAGGAACGGCUGCUGUAGACUCAACCAAUUGAACAAAAAUUUGUUAACCUUAAAUGUUAAAUUAAUGACUAAAUGAUACUAAUGUUUACAUAUUUCAAAGAAAAUAAUUCUUCAUUAAAAUUUCUUUUAUGUAAUAAGGAAGAAGUUUUAUUUUUAGCAGCUAUCAUUAUCUUUGCAAUUCAUUAAGUAAAUUAGAAGUCCCUUAUUUUCAAAAGAGAAAAUGCAUUUUUAAGUUUGCAGGGUGUGAGGGACUAGUCAAAUAAUUCACAGGGGGGUCUUUAUGAAAAAGCUGGGAAGCACUGAUCUAAAGAAUUUCCAAAUAUGAGCCUAUCUGUAAAUAUUUAAUAUUUCAGGCCUGAUGUUUUAGAACGACUUGUCCAGCUACAGAACUUUCAAAAUCAAUUCCUUCCCAACGCCUUGCGCAAGUUUUUCAAAGAAGUUUCAGCACCCAGGGAGAGGGGAGACACUCUGACUUUCAUGAUAGAAAAUUUCUCUCAGAGAUUCUGUGCCUGUAAUCCUAAGCUGGGCCUGAGUAAAGGUAAAUAAGAUAUGUUCACAAUCUCUGAAGUUUCCACUCCUUAUCUUUGGUUCUUCCUCUGUUCUCCUUUGCCCUCCCACCCCUCUUAAAACAUCCCACCACCACAUGUCCACAUUUAGCAUGAACAAAAUUAAUUGGUCCGUAAUAUGGUAUUCCACUGAGAAGAAUGUUGCUCAGAGUGCAGCUAAAGUUAAUAUUAUUAAAAACUUGUUGAUAGACCAAGCUGUGGUCAUUAUUUUGUGUGACAGUCAGUGCACUGAAACAUCUAUUAAUUAAGUAGGGGCAUUAGCCACAUGCCUAGGCGUUAAGAUGACAUGGGCUCAUGUUACUGGGAUUAGUUCUACAAGUUUGUUUAAAUACAUGUUCUUAAUUCAGCUGAUGAGGGAUGCUAACCAAUUAAAUGAACUUUAUUUUUUUGGUGAAGAACUUUACAAUCAGUUAAUUUCCAGUAAAUACAUUCAAAAAUGGCCAAGCAGUAUAGGAUGAGCAUAACUUUUUAAAAUUUGUUGGUCUUGAUUGAAUCCUACCAACAUCUGGGAUGAGACACUAACAAAGCAGUAACGGAGUUGUAUUUUAAUUGGUCCCUUUGGUCCCCAGAUGCUGUAUUUGUGCUUUGCUUUUCCCUCAUCAUGCUCUCUGUGGAUCUAUGCAGCCCACAAGUCAAAAAUAAAAUGUCCAAACGGGAGUUCAUCAAGAACACGUGCCGGGCGGUGUCAGAAGUGAGCGGAGAUCUAGCAGGACACAUGUACGACAACAUCUACCUGGCAGGACAUGUGGCACCCAAAGAUUUCUCUUGAAGAAAUCUCGGGGAACAAUCCUCCAGGAAAGUGGUUCUAUUUUUGUAUCCAACCAGUCAUACAGGCAUAGUUAAAGUCUACAGUCUUUUAUUCAUAGACAUCUUGGGGACCGUUAGGAUAUUAAUGGGAAACAUAUGUUUUGUUUCUAUACACCAGGGUGUCCAACUGGCCAUCAUAAAUUUACUGAAAAUCUAAUAAGUUGGCCGUAAGAACUUUAGGACGUCCAUUAUAAAAAAAGAGAGGCAUUUUAAACAUAUAUUUUGAAGCGAAACAAAACAAGAUACUCUAAUAUAUGCAAUUUCUUCUUGCUUGCUUUAAACUUGAUUGAUGACAGUGAGGAGGGAUUCAACAAUACAAUAAAGUCAUGUUACAAAAUAGGUCUGAGACUCAUGGUCGAAUGACAUAGAUUCACACAGACAUAGACUUUGAAACAUAGUUAUAGGGAUAUUUGGCAUUGAGUCAGGCAUACAUAGUUGUACUGGUAUGUGAAUAUCAUUUAGCUUCAGUUUCAACAAAAUCAUUUUUAAAAUGUGUCCAAAUAAUUAUCUUUGUAAAAUGGGAAGAUUUUGAAUACUUGUCAGUAAAUUAAAAAAAAUUAUUUUGAGUUGUCAAUCCUGCUUUGCAUCAAUGUGUUGGAGUCCAUGUACAGUAGUAACUCAGAUCCUACAGUCUUGUGCUUUCAUAUGAUUAUGAGAGUAAAUUCUUAAAUCAUUUAGUGUUAAAAGUGGACAACAUUAAUAAAUUUAGUUUUAAUAACCAAUCUAUGAAGUAAUUGUUACUUAGAUUGAGAAAAAAUAUUUCUUACCAAAUAGUUGAUGAGCCCAUAUCGGUUGUGGGAAGACUGGCUUUAAUUAUGCCUGUUGUAUAUGUUGCCCUUGUUACCUUGCAAACUAACAAAAUUGUGUUAUUUAUACCUAUCCUUCUAUAUUUAUAUAUAAAUAUUAAAGAACAUUUGUUGGGCCUUAUAAUAACGUCUUUUGUGUGACAGAAAAAACACACAACAAAAUAAUUUUUUACCUGAUGUAGCCAUGUUAUCAAAAGUGAUUAUUGAAUUCAUGCUGUCUGUUAUGGCCUUUUUUUGUAUGUUACACAUUGUUUGACGUUUCUGAGAAAACACAAGCAUCGCCUACUGUCCUUUACACCAGCGUUCCCCAAACGGUGGUCCGUGGACCGGCACCGGUCCGCAAGCCUUAUAUUACCGGUCCGGAGAGCAUGAAUAUUGAUGUUUAAAUAGAAAGAAAAUGUAAUUAAUAAAUCUGGCACCGGUCCGUGGUGCAGUUUCGAAACUUGUCCAUCGGUCCGUGAAACUUAAAAGUUUGGGAAACGCUGCUUUAUAACAUGCUUUCUUUGUCAAUGUCAGUUACAUUUAAUUUAUUCAACUCACCAUUAGGAGUAGUUGCCAUUGGUUUCACUUUAACAGGUCAAUGUUUUAAAGCUUCUAUGAUUGGUUAACAUUUUAAAGCCUGGGUAUUAAAAGCUUUAAAACCCUUUAAUUCACUUUAUCCUCAAAAUAAAGAUCUAAAAAAAAAAAUUCAAAGUCGUGGCUAGCAAACUGCAGCUCUUAUAGUUGUCUUACGACAGCUGAAUCUACCAAACAUUUCCACCAAGUUGUGUUAUUCUUUGUAUUGUUUUUUUGUCCACUUCCAUCAUUAAAUUUGUCAAAUUGUUUUUCCUUCUAAACUGGCUUUACCAGUGAAGGGUUUUUAAAGCCUCG